CUCUCUCUCUAUAUAUAUAUAUAUAUGAUGGUAGCUUUGUAUGGUUAUUGUCACACCACCAUAGCUUAUUCUUCCUUUUUUCUUUCCAUGGCUCUUAAAAUACCUUCCCUCAUUGCUACUAUGCUACUACUUGUGGUGCUAAUGGCUAGCCUAGACUUAACAGGUGCACAAGUAGGAGUUUGUUAUGGAAUGCAUGGCAAUUUACCUCCCCAACAAGAAGUUGUAGCUCUCUACAACCAACAAGGCAUUCAAAGAAUGCGACUCUACGAUCCAAACCAGGUUGCUCUUGAAGCCCUCAGAGGCACCAACAUUGAGCUCAUGUUAGGUGUUCCCAACACUGACCUUCAGAGUCUUGCUUCUAGCCAAGCCAAUGCCAAUACAUGGGUCCAAAACAAUGUAAAAAACUAUGGCAAUGUCAAAUUUAGAUACAUCGCGGUUGGGAAUGAAGUUAGUCCAUUGAAGGGUGACACUGCUCAGUACGCACCAUACCUUCUCCUAGCAAUGCAAAACGUGUAUAACGCAGUAUCCAUGGCCGGCCUUGGAAACCAAAUACGUGUUUCCACUGCCAUAGAGACAGGAGUCCUUGGAGAGUCCUCCCCUCCAUCAAAGGGCUCAUUCAAGUCUGAGAUUCGAUCAUUUCUUGAUCCCAUCAUCGGCUUCUUAGUAAACAACAAGGCUCCUUUACUUGUUAAUGUGUACCCUUAUUUUAGUUACAUAGGCAACGCGCAAAUUAGUCUUGAUUAUGCUCUUUUCACAGCUCCAGGAGUUGUAGCCCCAGAUGCUCCAUCUGGGUAUCAAAAUCUGUUUGAUGCUAUCGUGGAUGCUGUUUACUCAGCACUUGAAAAGGCGAGUGGUGCUUCUUUGGAGAUCGUUGUGUCAGAGAGUGGAUGGCCUUCGGCUGGUGGUGGAACUGCCACUACCAUUGAUAAUGCGAGGACUUACAACACCAAGUUGGUUGAACAUGUAAAGCGAGGAACACCAAAAAGGCCUGGAAGCCCCAUAGAAACUUAUGUGUUUGCCAUGUUUGAUGAGAGUCAAAAGAACCCAGAAGUUGAGAAACAUUGGGGUCUUUUCCUUCCAAACAAACAGCCUAAAUACCCAAUUAGUUUCAAUUAGGAAAUCACAAAUUAAGUGUAGUAAGGCAAUAAGAGCAUUUUUCCUAAGUAAUAUGAUAUUCUGAAUAAGGGUUGAUGGCAACACCCAAACAAAGGCUAGGUACAUCCUGAAAAUUAACAAUUGUGAUAGACAAAGCUACAUUGUUUCUUCAAUUCUAUCACAAUUUGUUCUGAUAUUACACCAUACAUUACAUUUUA